AACACCGUUUCACACUUUUCAUAAAAAAAUAAAUGAAACAAAACGCAAAUGUCAGAUAUUUAUUUUUCUCUUGCGAUCCAAAAUGCGGGUAGGUUUAGAUUUUAAUCUCGCGUAGUUUUUUCUUUACAAUCCCUACCUUCAUUCUGCACACUUUUAGGGAGUGUGGACGUUUUUAAUUUAUUCAAUUUAAUUAUUUAUUUAUUACAAUAUUAAUUCAAUAUCAAUCCAAUCAAUAACUUUUAUUCACUCUCCCAACCGAUGUAUUGAGCAGUUUUACUCUAAUUUUAAGAAUGCACAAGAAGCACCUCAUAGCCGGUCUACUGCUGCUCUGUCUAGCGGCCACCGCUGCCCAGUUCACGGAUGAGAUCCAGGUGUAUGAGGAGGAGUGCCUCGGUGAAGACAAGUUCCACUGCCUGGACGGGGAGUGCAUCCCGCAGGAGCACUACUGCAACAACAUCAAGGACUGCCGCGAUGGCUCCGAUGAGAACUUUUGCCCGGGUAAACACAUAAUGACCCCGAUGGACUGCAAUGCGACGCACCAGUACAUGUGCCUGGACCGCAGCAAGUGCAUCCCAUACACGUGGCUCUGCAACAACAACACGGACUGUGACGAUGCUAGUGACGAGAAUUAUUGUACUACGGCACCGAAUCCUAUGAAUGAGACCCGCUGCAAGGGCUUCAGCUGCGACGGAGCCAAGUGUAUAUCCUGGCUGUGGGUGUGCGACGGCGCCGUGGACUGCGCCGACCAGGCCGACGAGUACAACGAGACCCUGUGCAGAACAAUAAAAGACUACAGCCAGUACAAAGCGUACGACGGUCGCAACUGCGACCAACUGGACGUGCUUGGUCACAGACAGUACCAGUGCCGCGACCAGUCGUACUGCGUCCAGGAGAAGCGAAUGUGCGACGGCGUGCGCGACUGUCGCGACGGGAGCGACGAGGGCGCUUUCUGUGCCAACUGGAAGACCAUGUGCGACGACGUGAAAUGCGGCGGCGGCGCCACGUGUCGCCCCGAGCCGGACGGCGCGGCGUGCUCGUGCGGCCCCGGCGCGCGCUACUCGCCCGGGAACCGAACCUGCGUCGACCUGAACGAGUGUGAGGCCCCACAACCUAGAUGCUCGCACAAAUGCCACAACAAGGAGGGCCGGUUCUCGUGCUCCUGCGAGGACGGCUACACCAGCGACCGCUUCGAGUACCUCUGCUUCGCGCCAGACCCAGAACCUCUCCUGUUCUUUGCUACUCGCCAUGAGAUCAAAUACUACAAGAUCAAAUCUAGAGUGCUGGUCACUGCAGUCACAGGGGUUAAACAGGCGCACGGAAUGACCUACGACGGCACGUACCUCUACUGGGUGGAGAAGGCGGAGGGGCACCAGGCGGUCGUCAGGGCCAAGCUGGAUGACGUGGAAAAUACUAAGCAGACGCUGAUAGCCCUCGGGCUCGACGACCCCGGCGACAUCAGCUACGAACACUCCACCAACACGAUCUACAUAACAGACGCAGAACGGGGCUCCGUGGCGGCGUGCGCGGCCGACGCGGCCGUGUGCGCGCGCCUCAACACCACCGCCGCGCACCCCAAGUUCCUCACGCUGCAUGCGCGCCGCGGGGAAAUGUACUGGCUGGACUACCUAGACCGCCCAGUGAUCAUGCGAGCCAACAUGGACGGUUCCAACGCGCACGUGAUGACUGACGACAUCAAGGGAUCUCCCACGGGCCUGGCGUUAGAUGCAGCAAAUGAUAGAUUGUAUUAUGUGGAUAAGCAUAUUGUUUCUAUGCGACUGGAUAAUAAGGGCAGCUAUAUAUUCCUAAACGACGCGCUCGGCCACCCCUAUUCCCUAGCCGUAUUCGAGAACUCAGUCUACUGGAGCGACUGGACCUCCAACACGAUACAAGUGGCUGACAAGGUACACCCGCCGGCCACCCGCCGCAGGGUUCUACUGACGCUGGACGAGCCUGUGUUCGGCAUCCACAUCUACCACCCCAUCCUGCUCCGCCACUCGCCGUCCGGAUGCUCCUCUCUAGGCUGCUCCGACCUGUGUCUGCUGCGCGGCCGUGGCGCCGCCUGCGCGUGCCACUCGCCGCGCGCGCUCGUCACCAGCACCAGCUGCGCCGCGGUAAGCGAGGACCAGCUCCCCGAGUUCCUGAUAGUCGGAGGGGGGGCAUACUUCACCAUGGUGCGGUACAACUCGCUGGGCAACCCCGAGGCGCGCGCCGCCGCCCUGGAUAUAGGCCGUGUGCACGCCAUGGCCUACGAUAAUAACAAACGCACCCUGUACAUCUACGACGGUCAGCGCAAGACCAUCAACUACAUCGGCAUGAACGAGUUCUCGCGAGGAGUGACGAGACUGCUGGAACAUCGCGGCCUGGACAAUGUCAUGGACAUGGGAUACGACUACGUGUCAAAAGCCCUGUACUUCGUGGACGCGGGUAGACGCACAUUAGAAGUGAUAUCGCUGGUGACGUCACAGCGCGCCGUCGUGCAUCGCUUCGAGCGAGCCGCGCCCAUCAGUCUGUGCGUGCUGUCUGAACACGGGUUGAUAAUGGUGGCGGUAAUGGAACACGAGCGUAACAACGAGAUCCACAUCGACAGCAUGGGCCUGGACGGAUCUGGAAGGAGCCACGUCAUCACCACUGGACUCAAAGGCUACCACGUGCGUCUGCGAUACUCUCACGUCAUGGAUAAUGUGUACAUAUCCGAUGAAGGAACUGGCGCCAUCUACUACAUACAUCCUUCAGGAACCGGCAAAGAGCAAUACCGCAUGCUCUCAACCAGCAUCACCAGCCUCGCCGUGAGCGACACCACCGUGUUCUGGGCGGACCGCCGCACGCCGCGCCUGUUCUGGUCUCUUAUCCACGAGACCAGCCCCCGCGUGCGCCGGAUGACGCUCUCAAUAUUCCCGAACGGCACCCAGCUCCACUUACAGACCACCGCCCCCGCGCCCCACGCCUCCCUCCCCCUUCUUCAGCACCCCUGCGCCCGCGCCCCCCCCUGCUCGCACGUGUGCGUGCAGCAGUCACAUCCUACUGUACAUCAGGCCCCACUAGAAUACUACAUGGGCUACACCUGUCUGUGCCCAGCCGGGCUCAUCAAGAAGGGAGACACCUGUGAGCCCAUCGCCACCUGCCUACCCGACCAGGUGUAUUGUCACGCGAACAAUACUUGUGCCACGGGGAAACGGUGCAACGGAAUAGAUGACUGCCCUAAUGCUGAGGAUGAAUAUCAUUGUUAUUUAACAACAGAGCCGCCCGCACCGCUUUGCACGUCAGAAGAGAAGUUGUGUGGCACCGUGUGUGUGCACAAGAAUGUGGUGUGUAAAGACGACGCUGCCGUUGACCAUCAAUCCGCCCCAAAAUGCGCCGACACCCAGUUCCAGUGCGUGAACGACAGCUCCGUCUGCAUCUCGCGGUGGCAGCGCUGCGACGGCGCGGCCGACUGUCGCGACCACAGCGACGAGGCGGCCUGCGAGCUCGCGCAGUGCUGGCCCCACGAGUUCAUGUGUGCUUCAGGGUCGUGUAUCCUGAGCAGCUGGCGGUGCGACAGAGACGAGGACUGCGCUGAUGGCUCGGAUGAAGUGGAUUGUGAGAACAGAACCUGCCCUAUAGGCAUGUACCAGUGCCACAGCGGCGAGUGUAUAGAGAUGAGGAAGCGCUGCGACGCCGCCCAGGACUGCCUCGACCUGUCUGAUGAAGAGGACUGUCUCGACAUGACUAUACCUGAGAUGGAGGCGGAGGUGAAGUGUGGGUUUGGCGAGUACACGUGCGCUUCCAACCGCAGCAUCUGCUUACCGCUCACAGCUAGAUGCAACACCCGAGUGGACUGCCCCGACGGUUCAGACGAAGCCGACUGCGAGUACCUCUGCUCAGAGAACAAGGGCUUGUUCAAGUGUGAACAAGAAGACUACUGCAUCUCACAAAGACUGGUGUGUGAUGGCGUGCAGCAUUGUAGAGAUGGCAGUGAUGAGGCGAGGUGGAGGUGCUUCCCGAACAAGCCCAAGAAGCCUGCCCCCCCGCCGCCCGCCUACCCCUCCUCCUGCGGCGCCCAGUUCCGCUGCUCGUCCGGCCAGUGCCUGCAGUGGCGGCGCGUGUGCGACCAGACGCGGGACUGCGACAGCGACGAGGGGCCCGCCUGCCUGACCGCCUGCGACAACCACAACUGCUCCUACUCCUGCCAGAGCACGCCUUCAGGCCCUGUCUGCCAGUGCCCCGCCGGCAUGACGCCAGCCGGCGGUCUCUGCACAGACAUAGACGAGUGCCGCGACGACGUCUGCUCGCACGUGUGUCACAAUGUGCCCGGGACCUUCUACUGCAGCUGCUUCACUGGAUAUGCUAAUAGAUGGGACCGGCGCGGCUGCAAGGCUACCUCCUCGCACCUGGGCGUGCUGUACGUGAGCGGGAACUGCGUGCGCUCCAUCACGCGGGACGCGCACGCCACGCAGCUGUACAGCACGCAGACACGCGGCAUCACCGGCAUGGACUAUGACGUCAGGAGAGGCCGUCUGUUCGUGUCUUCUUCGAGUACUAACUCGCUGGAAGCAGUGAACGGCACCCACGGCCGCGUCGAAGUCACCAACCAAGGAACUCCUACUAAGGUGGCAGUAGAAUGGGUGACGGGCAACGUGUACUUCGUAGACUCCACUCCCUCAGCGCCCAAGAUCCGCGUGUGUGACGUCACCAGGAAGCGCUGUGCUGUCGUCAUCGACCUGCCCGCCGGCUCACAGGUGACAGCCCUAGCCGUGGACCCAGCCAACGCCUACAUCCUAUACUGCGUGCAUCACGACCUAGAAUACAUCCUGUGGCUAUCAUCCCUCAGUGGCCAUCGCACUAAGGACCUGGCUACGGUCAGCAAUUGCAGCGCUUUAGCAGCUGAUAGCUUCAGACAUCGAGCGCUGUAUGCUGACGCGCCGGCGAGAUUGGUUGCCGUGCCGUAUGACUCGCCCACUCCUGCUAGCAAAAUCCUCAUCGAAUCGGACGCCAACUUCCAAUCCCCGCAUUCACUCGCUCUCUUCGAAGACCACAUCUACUUCCUAGUCGCCAACACAUUCAAACUAAGCCGAUGCCUCCUCUACUCCACCAAAACCUGCGAGCCGUUCUUUUACCGCAUCUUUGACGCUAAUUUAUUCGUCUUAAACCACGAGAGCGCUCAACGGGGUGAUGUGAAGAAUAGCUGUGAAGGGUCUACGUGUGAUGGUGUGUGUGUGUUGGGACAGGAGGGGCCUCAGUGUGUGUGUCAGAAUGGCAGGCUGUCGGUCGAUGGGAAGGACUGUGAUGUUGUUGAGAAGGAGUUGCUACCCCUCUUCAACGGCUGGUCAGCAGCGGACGCGGCGGCGGCGGGCGGCGCGUGGGUGCCCCUCCUGGUGGGGACAUUCGUGCUUAUGGCCGUCUGCUUCGGCAUAGUGGUGCUGCGCCGCUGUAGAGGCCGGGGCGUCACUGCGCUGCCUGUUCGAUUCCGCAACGCAUCGCCGACGAAGGAAGGCACUGGGCAGCCGUCCCACGACGCCACCAUCGAGUUCCCUGUCGAACACAGCACACAUGAGUUCGUGAACCCGCUGGAGUUCGUCCGCCACGUGUGGGAGCGGUCCUUCAGAAGCCGCCACCGCCGCCGCCCUGUUGGUACAGCUGGGCUGACCAUCGAGGUGCCCCCCACCGGGGACAACUCAGACACCGAGUCCGAUCUGGAUACCAAGGACACACAACUGUUCUUCAGAAAAUAAAU